UUUUAAUGCCACCCCGAAAAUCAAAUUUAAACCUCACACUUAUAACAAAAUUAACCAAAGAAAUCAACACAUCAUCCUCUCCCAAAAUGAAAAACCCAAACAUUUCUUCCAUAGCUUCUUCUCCCUCCAUUGUCAUGAUCAAUGUUCCUUCAUUAAGACAUUAAGAUUAAUUUUUUGUUUGGUUUUGUAGUGUAUUUUGGUUAAUGUGCUAGGAAACAGUGCAUAGAAAAAUGGUGGCAUUAGGAGAGGAUCAACUGGAUCAAAUGAAGGAAAUUUUCGCAAGGUUUGACAUGGAUUCGGAUGGCAGCCUGACGAUUCUAGAGCUGGCGGCGCUGCUAAGGUCGAUAGGACUCAAGCCAUCGGGUGAUCAAAUCCAUGUCCUGUUAGCCAACAUGGACUCUAAUGGCAAUGGAACGGUGGAAUUUGAUGAACUAGCCAAUGCCAUAUUGCCUGACAUGAAUGAAGAGAUAUUGGUAAACCAGGACGUACUCAUGGAGGUUUUUCAGUUGUUUGAUCGUGAUGGCAAUGGCUACAUCACCGCGGCGGAGCUAGCUGGCUGCACGGCCAAAAUGGGGCAGCCAUUGACAUAUAGAGAGCUAACGGAGAUGAUCAAAGAGGCUGAUGCUGAUGGAGAUGGUGUCAUUAGCUUCAAUGAAUUUUCUUCUGCAAUGGCAAAGUCAGCCACGGAAUUUCUAGGCAUUUCUUUGCCAUCAUAA